GGGCUGUUGUCCGCCAGUCACGCUAUCUAUCCUGAAUAGCUCUCACUAUUAGCACCUCGACUGUCUUCGGCCUACACCCUAGCGAUGCCUCGAAAGCUCUCGAAUCCUUUUUCCACAUCCACUAUGCCGCCCUCUGAGAAGGCAGUCGAGCGACGGCCUUCUCAGUCGAAAGCCAAUCGUCUUGCGGGCUUCUUCUCUUCCAAGUCAAAGGAUCAACAAACGGCCCAACACGCAGUACCGUCGCCUCCGAUUUCACCCUCGCCCAGCCCUCUCCCGACCAUCUCGCUGUCCGCUGCCAAUGGCGGCGAGCUUAAUACCGACGAGACGCCAACCACGCUCUUUGAGCCUCCAUCAGCCGACGAAGCAAAGAGACAACAACGCCGCGAUGCUCAGUUUGGGCCGUUGCUUAGCCCUGGCCAUCUAUACGUCAGCGCCCACCAGGGCGAGCCGCUUGAGGCGCCCGUGGAAGACGAGCCACCCUAUUACGUCGUUCUCACCACUUAUAUCAGCUACCUGCUCCUCAUUGCCUUUGGCCACGCACGGGACUUCUUCGGGAAGCGGUUUGGGGAUAAGAAACGUUACCAGAGCCUCAAGGUUUCGAAUGGCUACGCCCCGCUCAGCGAUGACUUCGACAGCUUCUACGUCAGGAGGCUGAAGCGGCGCCUUGACGACUGCUUCGCGAGGCCCACAAGUGGUGUCCCUGGCCGCUACAUCACUAUCAUUGACCGCAAAUCCGACGACUUCAAUUUGUCUUACAAGUUCACCGGCACGUACACCGAGACGCUGAACCUGAGUUCGUACAACUACCUGGGUUUCGCCCAAUCCGAGGGCCCCUGCGCCGACGCCGUGGAGGAAUGCGUACGCAAGAGCGGCAUCAGCUACGCCAGCCCGCGCGCCGAUGCCGGCACGUCCGAUCUGGCUCUCGAGGUGGAACGGGAGGUGGCCCAGUUUGUGGGCAAGCCGGCCGCCAUGGUGUUCUCGAUGGGUUUCGUCACAAACGCCGGUACCUUCCCGGCUCUCGUUUCCAAGGGCUGUCUCAUCAUCUCAGACGAGCUCAACCACGCCUCGAUUCGCAUCGGCGCCCGUCUCUCUGGCGCCGUGAUCCGGUCGUUCAAGCACAACAACAUGGAGGAUCUGGAGAGGAAACUCCGCGAGGCCAUCUCCCAGGGUCAGCCGCGCACCCACCGGCCAUGGAAGAAGAUUCUGGUUGCCGUCGAAGGUCUCUACUCGAUGGAGGGCACCAUGGUCGAUCUUCCUGGAGUUCUGGCGCUCAAGAAGAAGUACAAGUUCUUUUUGUAUGUGGACGAGGCCCACAGUAUUGGAGCGCUAGGCCCCAGGGGACGCGGUGUCUGCGACUAUUUCGGUAUUGACCCGGCCGAGGUCGACGUCCUCAUGGGAACUCUGACCAAGGCAUUCGGCGCCAACGGCGGCUACAUUGCUGGCGAGAAACACAUCAUUGACGCGCUCCGCAUUUCAAACCCGGCCACCGUCCUCGGCGAGUCCCCGACACCGUUCGUCUUGAUGCAGAUUCUUUCUUCGCUCCGGGUGAUCACGGGAGAAGUUGCACCCGGCCAGGGCGAGGAGCGGCUGCAGCGGCUAGCUUUCAAUUCGCGAUAUCUCCGGCUCGGCCUCAAGCGCCUAGGCUUCAUCGUCUACGGCCACGACGACUCGCCGAUCAUCCCCAUCGUGUUGUACAACCCGGCCAAAAUGCCGGCCUUCAGCCACGAGAUGCUCAAGCGCAAGAUUUCGGUUGUCGUUGUGGGCUACCCGGCCACGCCGCUCAUCAGCUCGCGCGCGCGCUUUUGCGUCUCGGCGGCGCAUAACAAGGACGACAUGGACCGCAUCCUGGCGGCGUGCGACGAGGUUGGGGAUAUCCUCCAGCUCAAGUACUCGACGGGCAUUGCAGGCGGCCAGGAGCCGCUGCCGGAGGGAGUCACCCCGGAGAUGGAGAAGGAGUGGCGCAGGGCGAGUGGUCUGGAGGGUGUGAUCAAGCCGCCCAGGUGGCGGCUUGAGGAUGUCAUUGCGCGCGGUGUGCAGGAUGCCAAGGAGAAGCUCCGGUAAGACUGGAGGCUGGUGUGUGAUAUGAGGGCGCCCGAGUCGAUGAGGUUGUGGGAGUCUUGACUUUGUAUAGAGCUGUCGGACAACGC